AAUACCAUUUGUCAAUGAAAAGUUCAAAGUUCAUGUUUGUAUCAUUUAUUGUGAUAGUUAAUAGAAUAAAGACAAAAGUAAUUAAAGCAUGUGCUUUGAAAAAUGGAUGUAAUCAAUGCUAUAAAAAACUUCAAUGCUGACUUCGGAGUGAUCAGUAAAUCAACAUGGUUAUUCAAUUUCGUUAUACAAUUUCAAGAAACUUAUAAGUCCUUCUAUUUAAUAUUACUUGGAAUAAUAUUGAUCACUACAUCAUUAAUAAUCUUUUGUAUUCGAAGAUGUACAAAAAAAGUAUUUACAAGAAAGGAAUCAAUUUCUCAAGAAACAUCAAGAUUUCGAAAGAGAGAUAAAGCUCUCUUUUAUGGAAGAAAGAUGAUACGUAAAGUGAAGAAUAUAUCUGGGCAAGUUAGAAAUUCAGGACAAGGCAAGAAGAGAAAAAUGGUUAUGAAAUUUGCAAGAAGACUUUUACAACUAAAAAAAGAAACUGAUCAGGAACAACUAAAGGUUCUUGAACCACCAGCAGAAUACCUUCAAGAAGAUUUAUUAAGCGAUGAAAGGAUGCCUCCAGAUGCACUGUACAUGUUACAGAGUAUAAGGGUGUUUGGUCAUUUUGAAAAACCAAUCUUUAUAAAGUUAUGCAAACAUACAGAAAUUAUAAGUGUCCACGCUGGAGCAUAUCUCUUCAGAAUAGGUGAUCCUGAUGAGCACGUUUAUAUUGUCCAAAGUGGCAAAUUGAAUGUAUCAAUAACUGGAAGUGAUGGAUCUACAACGUUGAAAAUUGUUAAACCAGGAGAAUCCGUUACUUCUCUACUUAGUUUCACAGAUGUAUUAACGGGUCAUACUAGCCCAUAUAAAACAGUUUCUGCUAAAGCAAUGGAAGAUUCAACUGUUGUUAAAUUACCAAUGGCUGCAUUUCAAGAAAUAUUUCAAGAAUAUCCUGAUAUUUUCGUUAGAGUAAUACAGGUUAUAAUGGUUAGAUUACAAAGGGUAACAUUUACAGCGCUCCAUCAAUAUUUAGGUUUGAGUGCUGAAUUAGUUAGACAAAAACCUAAACCAAAAAAUUCCGGUGGAGGAUCGCCAAUGAAAAAGAAAAAAGAUGAAGUAAUACCUGCCGGAACAGAGAAUAUUGCGGCUACAACACAACCUAUACCAGUGCCUGGUCAUAGAAGAAAUAAAUCAUCAUUAGAAUCAAAAUCAUGUUCUCCAAGUGGCAAUAUAGGAAAUGGAAACGUCGAAGCCGAAAUGGUUUCCAACUUGAGUACCGAGCAAGGUUCUAUAUCUAAAAAGAGACUUUCCAUUCAAAAUGCGGAAGUUAUUGCUGAUGAAGAACUGAUAGAAACUGCAACAGAGGCAUUUGUAAAAGAAUUAGGCUUAGAUGGUGUGAACGCUUUAAAGGGGAAAGUAGAAAUCAGAGAAGUUUCAGCUGGAACUUAUUUAAUGAAGGAAGAUUCAAACAAGGAUGCGGCACUAGUUUAUGUGAUAUCAGGGGCGUUAGUAGUGUCUCAAAGAAUUACUGAAGGGGAUGAAGAAGUACACAUGUUCACGGCUCAUCCUGGUGAAAUUGUUGGUGGAUUAGCUGUACUUACUGGAGAACCAAGUUUUUUUACAAUAAGAGCUAAACAUUUCACAAGAAUUGCUUUGAUUUCCAAGACUACUUUCUACUUGUUGAUAAAAGAACAACCGAAAAUUGUCCUACAUAUAGCUCAUUCAGUGGUUCGUAGAUUAUCGCCUUUCGUAAGACAGGUUGAUUUUGCUUUGGAUUGGAUAUUUAUGGAAUCAGGUAGAGCCAUCUACAGACAAGAUGAUGAAAGUGAUUCUACGUAUAUAGUUUUAUCUGGUCGAUUACGAUCUGUGAUUACUCAUAAAAAUGGAAAAAAAGAAUUGGUAGGUGAAUAUGGUAAAGGAGAUUUGAUAGGAGUGGUGGAGAUGGUUACCCAAACAAAGAGAAGUACAACAGUUAUAGCAGUUAGAGAUUCAGAAUUAGCUAAGUUACCUGAAGGUUUAUUUAAUGCCAUCAAAUUGAGAUAUCCAAUUGUUGUCACAAGACUGAUUAAAUUAUUAGGACAUAGGAUCUUAGGUACUUGGAAAAAUCCCACUUUAAAGGUAACUGAUUCCAAUUCACCAGCUGUAGAUGCUCGCCCAUCGUCCGUGAACUUCUCAACUGUGGCUAUUGUUGCUGCCUCAGACGAUGUACCAUUGACUGCGUUCACUCACGAACUCAAUCACUGUUUAAGUGGAAUUGGAUCAACUUUGAGACUGACAUCGGAUGUAGUACGAAAAACUCUGGGAAAUUCUAUAAUGGAUCCAAAUAAUGAAUACAGGUUGUCUUCUUGGUUAGCCCAACAAGAAGAUCAACAUCGAAUUUCCCUCUACCAGUGUGAUUUAACUGUCAGCGCCUGGACCCAAAGGUGCAUAAGACAAGCAGAUUGUAUCCUUAUUGUAGGUCUUGGUGAUAAUCAUCCAUCUUUAGGUAAAGUAGAAAAAGAAAUUGAACGUUUAGCCAUAAGAACACAAAAAGAAUUAGUAUUAUUGCAUAAAGAAAAUGGAAAACCACAGAAUACAAUUGCGUGGUUGAAUAUGAGGACUUGGGUUUCAUCACAUCAUCAUAUUUUAUGUCCAAAUAGAGUUUUCGCUAGGAAAUCAGUUAAUAGAAUAAAUGAAUUAUAUUCAAAAGUAUGUACUACAUCUCCAAAUGUACAUUCAGAUUUUUCUCGAUUGGCUAGAUGGUUAACUGGAAAAUCGGUAGGACUUGUAUUGGGAGGAGGCGGAGCUCGCGGGUCUGCACAUGUGGGAAUGAUAAAAGCAAUACAGGAAGCUGGGAUUCCUAUUGAUAUGGUGGGAGGUGUUAGUAUAGGUGCCUUUAUGGGCGCUCUUUGGUGUCAAGAAAGAAAUAUAACAACUAUGACCCAAAAAGCAAGAGAAUGGUCAAUGAAAAUGACACAAUGGUGGCGUCAAUUGCUAGAUUUGACAUAUCCUAUGACCUCUAUGUUUAGUGGACGAGAUUUUAAUCAAACAAUACAUAGUACUUUUAAUGAUACUUACAUAGAAGACUUAUGGUUGCCCUAUUUUACUGUCACUACUGAUAUUACUGCCUCUUGUAUGAGAAUACAUUCACAUGGCUCAUUAUGGCGCUACGUGCGUUCGUCGAUGUCCCUAUCUGGGUAUAUGCCACCGCUGUGCGAUCCUGUAGACGGACAUCUUCUCCUCGAUGGCGGUUACACUAACAAUCUACCAGCUGAUGUUAUGCGAAGUCUCGGAGCGAAUCAUAUACUAGCCAUCGAUGUAGGUUCUGUGGAUGAUCAAGAUCUGACAAACUACGGUGAUGAUUUAUCAGGAUGGUGGUUAUUGUGGAAACGUUGGAAUCCAUUUACUGAACCAGUUAAAGUGCCAAAUUUACCAGAUAUACAAUCUCGAUUAGCUUACGUUAGUUGUGUUAAACAAUUAGAGGAAGUAAAAAAUAGCGACUAUUGUGAAUAUAUUCGACCGCCAAUUGACAGAUACAGAACUUUACAAUUUGGAAGUUUUGACGAAAUUCGAGAAGUGGGUUUUCAGCAUGGUAAAGCUUAUUUCGAAGGUCAAAUGAGAGCAGGCAAUCUACCAAUUUUCAAAACCAUUCUAGAUGUCCACAAAGCUCCAUCAUCGAGUGUCUACUCUUUAGGAACGUUCACAGAUUUAGCUCAAAUGGUCUGCAAGGUUUCAAGACCGUAUGAAGAUGAAGAGACUAGCUCAAGCUCAUCUUCCGAAGAUGAAGAAAGAGAUGGAUAUGCUUCAGAACCAACAGUGGGACUUUCAAAGAAUAAAAAUAUCUUAACGAGGAGAGCUGGAGGUUCCUUGUCGUUGUCGGAAAAUGAGUUGGAAUCUGAUGUAGAUUUUGAUGUUAACCAAAGAACAUUCGAAAAAUUGCCACACUAGCCAAAUAAUUAUUCUAUUAGUUAUAUUGUAUAUUUAUUGUGUUUGUAUAGACAUUUUAUUGUGUUUAGAAAUAGUUUAUAGUAACUUAGAUAUACGACUUUGUAAAUAUCAGGUUUCUAAGAAAUAUUUUCUAUGAAAUAAACUUAUGAAUUACUA